AUGGCUGCCUUAAACCACACUGGUGUUAGCCAGACGGUCUUCGGCUUACUGGGCGUCCCCGGGCUUGAGGAUCAGCACAUGUGGAUUUCCAUCCCCUUCUUUAUUUCCUAUGUCGUCGCCCUGCUUGGAAACAGCCUGCUCAUCGGCAUUAUCCUCACAAGGCGCAGCCUCCAGGAACCCAUGUACCUCUUCCUCUGCAUGCUGGCUGGAGCAGACCUUGUCCUCCCCUCAUGCGCCGUACCUCAGGCAUUGGCCAUCUUCUGGUUCCCUGCUGGGGAGAUCUCCCUAGAUCGCUGUAUCACUCAGGUAUUCUUUCUCUCUUCCACUUUUGUUUCUGAGUCAGGGAUCUUGGUGGUGAUGGCGUUUGACCACUACAUUGCCAUAUGCUACCCACUGAGAUACACCACUAUUCUUACACCUGCUCUGAUUGGGAAAAUUGGUGUGACCCUCUGUCUGAGAAGUUACUGUAUUGUUUUCCCCAAAAUAUUUCUUCUGAGAAGAUUGACUUUCUGCAAAAGUAACAUCCUCCCAAACACAACUUGUAAGCACAUUGUCUUGGCCCAUGCUUCCUGUAAUGACAUUCGAGUGAACAUCUGGUAUGGGAUUUUGUCCUAG